UGUGUGUGUGUGUGUCCAGGGCGUGCGUGUUCGUCGUCCCGCCGCGGCCGCAGCCUCCUGACACCGUGAUCCGCGCGGGCCCCGCCAAGGACGCUUUUCCCCCCCUCGGCCGGCCUCACACUAGUGUCGCAUGUCCACUAUUCAGAACCUCCAAUCCUUCGACCCCUUUGCUGAUGCAACUAAGGGUGACGACUUGCUCCCGGCGGGGACUGAGGACUACAUUCAUAUAAGAAUCCAGCAGCGCAACGGCCGCAAGACGCUCACCACCGUCCAGGGCAUCGCUGACGACUAUGACAAGAAGAAGCUUGUGAAGGCCUUCAAAAAGAAAUUUGCCUGUAAUGGUACUGUGAUCGAACACCCUGAGUACGGCGAGGUGAUUCAGCUUCAAGGUGACCAAAGAAAAAACAUUUGCCAGUUUCUCUUGGAGGUUGGCAUUGUGAAGGAGGAGCAGCUGAAGGUUCAUGGGUUCUAAACGCGCCUCCCCACGUGAAGACUUUCAUGAGUGAUUUUCUUCCCCAGACCCAGUGUGGCCGCCUUGUGAAAUGGUUCUCUGCUGUAAAUGGACUUCUCAUUUUUGUCCUCAUUACAAACUCCACUCCCAUCCGCUUGGUGACAGAGAACAUGGGGUAGGGAGGCUCGUGACACAUAAGAAAAUCGCAGUAAGAUGGUAGCAAAACCCCAUAUUCAUCUUUAACAUGUUUCCAAUGGAAAAGAUUUUGUUUUGAGUGUUUGCUUUGUUGGUUGUUUAGUUGAUGACUUUUCACUUGAUUCCCAUGUGGUGUUUGUUGUUGUUGUUGUUGUUGUUGUAUUAAACCAUGUAUGUUGCAGCUUAACAAUAAAAAAAAAUCUGACUCCUUCUCUGCGCCACUUCAGGCUUCUAGGUGGAAGCAAGUAAAAUCCAGGCAUGUUUCCUCUUUCCUAUAGAGUUUCCAUUCUGCAAAUAUUCUUUGUGAUUCAUCUUAGCUGCUGUUGAAACCAGAAAUAGAGGGCCUUUGGCAU